CUGCGUCAGUAACGCUAACUCAAAUCAAACUUAAAGAUAUUCAAUUAUAGUUGUAACAACCAAACAGCAUGCAAUGUUGGAAAUUUUGAGUAUAGUUUUCGUUAAUUCAUUGCUAAUUAUCAGCUCUGUUGUGUCGGAGUUGUGUAUCGAUCCUCUUGGUGUUGAAGAUGGGACUAUUCCCGAUGAACAGCUGUCCGCUUCAAGUGAAUAUAAUUCUGAUCUUGGGGCACAUCGUGGACGACUGAACACUAAAGCGGAUAGUGGGGGGAAUGGAGCAUGGUGUUCAAAAACCAACGACGAAUACCAGUGGAUCCAAGUUGACCUCGGAAAACUGCAUAAGGUACAUGGAGUAAUCACACAAGUCCGCAACAAUCGUUUACAUUGGGUGACGUCUUAUGAUAUUUUUUACAGUGUCGGUGGUAACCUGUUUCAACCAAUCAGGAAUUCAGAUUAUCAAGUAACUAAGUUUCAAGGAAAUUCGAAUCAAGACACUGCUGUGACAAACAUAUUCCCUGACCCUGUCUACGCCCAAUUCGUCCGUAUUCAUCCGAUUGAUUGGCAUGACCGUAUAUGUUUACGUUUUGAAGUUCUUGGAUGCUCGAAAGAGUUGUGUAUCGAUCCUCUUGGUGUUGAAGAUGGGACUAUUCCCGAUGAACAGCUAUCCGCUUCAAGUGAAUAUUCUUCUAACUGUUUGGCACAUCGUGGACGACUGAACACAGAAGCAGGAGCAGGAGCAUGGUGUUCAAAAACCAGCGACCAAUACCAAUGGAUUCAAGUUGACCUCGGCAAACUGCAUAAGGUACAAGGAGUAAUCACACAAGGCCGCAACAACCAACGCUUACAAUGGGUGACUUCUUAUGAAAUUUUUUACAGUGUCGAUGGUAACCUGUUUCUCCCAACCAGGAAAUCAGAUUAUCAAGUAACUAACUUAAAGUUUACCUUUAGAUUAUGUGAUAAAAUUUUGUUGGAAAACAUUUUCUCUGAACCUUUCUUCGAGCAAUUUGUCCGUAUUCAUCCAUCUGACUAG